AGUAAGGAGGGAGAAGAUUUUAUGGAUAAGUGAAAGUCCGAAAAAGGGAGUUUUCCACCACAUAGAACACAACAACAAACACAAGUCACUUGUUCUUGUUUCAUUUUCUCUGCAGUUUCUCACACAACAACAAUGACGUCCCUGCAGAAUUCCCCAACAAUUCAUCGAACCCUUCUUCACAACUCUUUUCCGCAGAAGCUUCCCACUUCUCGUUCUCCUCGAAGAGAUGCCGUUUCCUUCACUGUCAAAGCUGCCCAUGAGCCCUCUGCUUCUUUAGCUUCGCAAGAUAGACAAAGAAGGCGCCAAGUGAUUGCCAUUGGAACAACUGCCCCAUUACUUUUUCUGAUCAACCAACACUCAAACGCUUUUGCUGCAGAAAACAAGAAAGGAUUUUUGUCUGUUUUGGACAAGAAAGAUGGAUAUUCAUUUCUCUACCCUUUUGGGUGGCAGGAAGUAGUAAUUGAAGGUCAAGAUAAGGUGUUCAAAGAUGUCAUUGAACCACUGGAGAAUGUCAGUGUAAAUGUGAUACCAACUGGCAAACAGGAUAUUACAGAAUUUGGGUCUCCUCAAGAGGUCGCUGAAACUCUGAUAAAAAAGGUUUUGGCCCCUUCAAACCAGAAAACCAAGAUAAUAGAAGCAAAAGAGCAAGAUGUUGAAGGAAAAAAGUACUAUCAGUUUGAGUUCAUCGCUAAGGCUCCAAACUAUACUCGUCAUGCUCUCAGCACUGUCUCCAUUGGCAAUGGUAAGUUUUACACCUUGACAACGGGAGCAAACGAGAGAAGAUGGGAAAAGAUGAAAGAGAGGCUGCAGACUGUCAUAGAGUCAUUCAAAAUUUUCGAUGUUUGAAAAAUGAUCACCAUUGUUACCACAUUAUUAGAGAUAUUAAACUCUUGAGCGAGAAUGUUUAUUUGAGCUUUAUAGUCCCAAGUUUAAUCAAUGUUUGCUUUUAUGAUAGCUUUCUCCAAAUACAUGUACAAUAAACCAGUAAUUCUAAUGGAUACAGCCAAAUUUCUAGCAA